AUGCCCUGUCGCCCAGCAAUCGCUUCCAUGUCCGUGGGGCGUGCAUGGACCAUUAUCUGGCUCCAACCAUUUUUAUUCUAUGAAGGGCUUCUUAAUCGACACGAGCACGAAUUGCGAAUCGCAAAACUGAAGCUGUGGUUCAAAGUCAUCAAGAUCUUCGAUACGGAUAGUAUCCAAAUCCCGACACACUUCCUGCAACAAGGCACGUUGGGGGACAUUGUUUUGACUGUUAUGGACCAGAUAGAAGUCACCGACCUAGGGCUUCAGGAAACCUCUCCUAUCGUACAGCGGGUGAAUCGACCCAAUUCUGGCUGCUGUUUGGGCACAUUCAAUAUUGCUGGGCGUAUAUGGGCUAAUCGGGCGAGUUCAACGGGGAUGAUUUCUGACAACGCUGAUGGUUAUCUCCGGGUAUCUCUGGAGCGACUGAGAAAUAAAAUUGACAUCGAGAAGGUUUUUUACGUGCAGGUGCUGGCAAGGAUGUCAUGGAGUCGAAAUGUGCGACUCUUUGUGUAUGAAAAUGACCGCGUGAUUCUGAAUGAUCUCGGUUUCGACGGCUGGGAGUCUAUAGAAUUGUUUUCGCGAACCUUGUCAGAUCCAAGCAAGACCGUGACGAGGGACCAUGCUCAGAGGGGGAUUGCUGCGUGGAAAAGGCUCAAAUCGGAACUGAAUCUAUUUAUCACACCUAAAGAGAGCUUGGUCGGUACUUCAGAAAUUGAUCAUAAGAUAUUAAUUGGCAGUAUGAAACCUGUCUAG